UUAGAACCAUAUCAACACAGGCCUCCAACAGGUGAGGCUGCUAUACUGCUCAUCAAUAAGUCCAUCAGACCUUGUUUUCUUUGUAAAAGGCAAGGCUCAGGUUAGGCCAGAUUUAAUGAUUAACCGCUGAUAGUUGAACGUGUGGUUAAGGGCUGCUUUGGCAAGUAGGCACACAGGCAAACCCAAGUUCCACUGUGCGUGUCAUUUUUUGGAAUACACAGUAAAACAAGACAAAAAGAUUUUAAUGUAUUGAGAAAGCAAGCAGCUCGACCAAGGUGCAUUUUUGAUAAUGCCGAGAUUUUAAGGCCUUUCGCAGACAUGCUCCACAAAGAGACAAUGUUACAUAACAUUGGGAACAGGUAAAAGUAAAUAUUAAAUUGAGCGUUACCUGAACAAGUUCAUUUAGAAGAGGAUGAAGACCAUUUGGGAAGAAGAAAAACACUCUUACUAAGAAUGCGGCAAACAAGCAAACAAAAUGUUUUCAGGAUGAUUGUACUAUAUCAAAUGGUACAUUUCAUUUUAUUUGCUUCAGUUUCUGGUGGCUGUAUAACUGAGCUGUUGGCAGAUACCUGCUUUCAAGGAGGAGACAUCACUACCGUUUUUACGCCAAGUGCCAAGCACUGCCAGCUUGUCUGCACCCACCACCCACGCUGUUUGCUCUUCACCUUCAUGGCUGAAUCGCCAUCUCAAGAUCCUACCAAAUGGUUUACUUGUAUCCUGAAAGACAGUGUAACAGAAACAUUGCCAAGGGUGAAUAUGACAGGAGCCAUUUCUGGAUAUUCUUUCAAGCAAUGCCCACACCAAAUAAGUGCUUGCAACAGAAAUGUAUAUGUGGAUCUGGUCAUGAAGGGCAUGAACUAUAAUGGCUCCAUCGCCAGGAAUGUUCAGGAAUGCCAAGAGAGGUGCACAAACAGUGUGCACUGUCACUUUUUUACAUAUGCAACAAGCCAGUUUCCAAGCGCAGAGCAUCGUAAUGUUUGUCUACUGAAAUACACAGAAAUGGGGACCCCAACCAGAAUCACGAAGCUCAGUAUGGUGGUGUCUGGAUUUUCAUUGAAAUCCUGUGCGCUUUCUAAUCUGGCUUGUAUUAGGGACAUUUUCCCCAGCACGGUGUUUGCAGACAAUAACAUUGACAGUGUCAUGGCUCCAGAUGCCUUUGUCUGUCGCCGCAUUUGUACUCACCAUCCCAGCUGCUUAUUUUUUACCUUCUUUUCUCAAGAAUGGCCAAAGGAAUCUGAAAGAAAUCUUUGUCUCCUGAAAACAUCUGAAAGCGGAUUACCAAGCAUACGCAUUAAAAAGCACAAAGCUCUCUCUGGUUUUAGUCUGCAGAGCUGCAGGCACAGCGUCCCAGUGUUUUGUCACUCUUCCUUUUACCACAAUACGGAUUUCUUGGGAGAGGAACUGGACAUUGUUGAUGCGAAGGGUCAUGAAGCCUGCCAGAAAAUGUGUACCGAUGCCAUCCGCUGCCAAUUUUUUACCUAUUCCCCAUCUCCGGAAUCUUGCCACGGAGGGAAGGGUAAAUGUUACUUAAAGCUUUCUUCAAAUGGAUCUCCAACUAAAAUACUUCAUGGGAGAGGAGGCAUCUCUGGAUAUACACUGAGGUUAUGUAAAAUGGAUAAUGCAUGCACAACCAAAAUCAAGCCCAGAAUUGUUGGAGGAACGGCAUCUGUUCAUGGUGAGUGGCCGUGGCAGAUAACUUUGCAUACCACGUCACCCAUCCGGAGACACCUGUGUGGAGGUUCCAUCAUUGGAAACCAGUGGAUACUAACAGCUGCUCACUGUUUUGACCAGAUAGAGUCACCUAAAAUCUUGCGUGUCUAUAGCGGCAUUUUAAACCAAACGGAAAUUAAAAAGAACACAUCUUUCUUUGGGGUUCAAAAAAUAAUAAUUCAUGAUCAAUAUGAAGAGGCAGAAAGUGGGUAUGAUAUUGCCUUGUUGAAACUGGAAACGGCAAUGAAUUACACAGAUGCUCAAAGACCCAUAUGUCUACCUUCCAAAGGAGAUAGAAAUGUAAUAUAUACUGAUUGCUGGGUGACUGGAUGGGGGUACAGAAAAUUAGCAGGCGAAAUACAAAAUACUCUCCAGAAAGCUAACGUACCCUUGGUGACAACUGAAGAAUGCCAGAUAAGAUACAAAGGACACAAAAUAACCAAUAAGAUGAUCUGUGCAGGCUAUAGAGAAGGAGGGAAGGAUGCCUGUAAGGGAGACUCAGGGGGGCCUUUGUCCUGCAAACACAAUGAGGUCUGGCACUUGGUGGGCAUCACCAGCUGGGGAGAAGGCUGUGGCCAAAGGGAACGGCCAGGAGUUUAUACCAAUGUGGUUGAGUACCUGGACUGGAUUUUGAAGAAAACUCAAGCAGUGUGAAAGAGUCCCUAGAGGCCAUUUGACAUCUGACCCUCAUAAGGCAUAACAGAUUAUUUCUGGGUGGGAAGGUUCUGAUUUCACUGAAGAAGAAGACACACCAUUUCCCUCCAUGGGUUAUAGUACUGAGACAGUAACGCAUGGGAGGGGGUUGGUAUUUGUGAGAAUGUGCCAAUUAAAAACAAACUCAUUGUCAAAAUACCCAUUCUAUGAUAAGCAUAGUUUGUGUUCAGCAUCCAGUCUCUUGCUUUCUGAUCACACCUUACUGAGCCAAAGAAAUACUAUACGGUGAUAUCUUUUAAGAUUCAAGUAUUGAGAGUUUUAAGAUUGAAGAAUCAAGUUGUGGCGCCAGAGGCUCCAGUGGGACUGCCAAAAGCAACCACCAUGAAAAGAUUCGUUAAGCAAGAAAUGGGAGCUGGAGAAAAUGGGGACAAGGACAGUCACCAUCAUUUUGCAAGAAUCUGUACUCUGCCUACGUGAAUAUCUUUCUUUUGUGAAAGGAGAAUUUGACUGGGUUCAAUGGCAGGUUUUCAGAAUAAUCAGGAAUGUUUGUCACUUCAAUUCUUUUUGAGAGAGAGAGGAAGAAAGAGAGAGAUAACAUGAGUGGGAGGAAAGGCAGAAGGAGAGGGAGAGAGAGAAUCUUAAGCAGAUUCCAUGCUCAGCAUAGAGCCUGAUGUGGGGUUCAAUCCCAUGACCCUGAGAUCAUCACCUUAGUGAAAUCAACAGUUGGACUCUCAACUGACUGAGUCACCCAGAUAACCCUGUCAUUUCAAUUUUGUAAAAUGUUUUUAAAUUAGUUUGGGUAGACACAAGCCAUGAAUGAAUGUGAAUGUGGACUCUAUAAUUUCUAUAUGGGAAAGGAUUGAAGGCUGUAAUUUACCUAAAAGUGGUACCUUAAGGGAAAAAUCUUAAAGUUGACUUUCCUUAAAAACUAUUAGUGUGUGGAAUGUAUAUUUAUUCAGUGUGGUUCUGGGUAACGGAAGCUGAUAGAGGUGAGGGGAGCAAGCUAGAGCCUUCCUAAGACAAGGUGCCAGUGUGAGUCUACAAAUCUACAUUUAUGGUAAUAAAAGAAUUGGACAGAAAUCAUACAAAGUACAUCCAUACUACAGGGAAAAAGCAAUUUAGGAACAAAUGGAUGGCUCGUAGAGUCUUUGUUAUCUUCAAAACAGCUCCCUGUAUGUUAAGUAUUAGGGUUUUUCCCUGUAGUGAGAAUAUUUGCCUGGUAAUUGUUUCUAAUGUGGUGCAAUAACUAGAGUGUCUUCACUGCAGUUUUCAGCCUAUGUCAACAACUUUACAUCUCAUCCCAUAUGAAAAGUACUUAUUGAGCACACAGAACUAUGGAACACAAUGUAAGCAAGUAGCCGUGUCCUUGCCGUCAUGGAUCCUUGGUCUAGUUAGCAUAAACAACAAAAAGAAAACAAUUACACGACUAUAAAACUUCAGGGAGGGAUGCCCAGGGUUCUAUGACAAGAGAGAGGAAGAAGAGCAUUUGAGGCAGGUUCAAGGACUGGGAUAAAAAUGAAUUUGUGCUGAGGAAGACAAAUGAAAAACAAAAGCAAACAGAACCCCAAAUCAAAGACUGGGAUGGUAUAAAGGGGCCCAGAUCCAAAACGCUUACAGAGUCAAACAAGACUGGAACUGAGACUUGAGCACCUUUAAGAUUACCAAACAGCAGCAACAAUUUUCUUAUUAUUUGCUCAUUACCUUAGUAGUCUUGACGUAACACUUAACAUUAAAAAAAGUUAGGAUAUAAUUCCUCAUAGGAAGAGAUCUUUCCUCUAUGUUCCCCAUUUGUGUCUUUUGUUUUGUUCAAAAGGAGAGGAAGAGGCAUGAAAGGUGGAGGAGACCAUGUGUUACUAAUGCAUUUCUGAAUAAAUAUGUGCUCUUUAAAAGAAGGAUAGAGAAAAAGAUCUUUCUGGAAAGUCUCGACAAAUAUUUGAGAAAACCAUAUUAGUUUUGUCAUACUUAAUGUUGUAUAUUAUUUUAAUUUUUGAACAGUAAGUAUAUGCCCAUGAUUCAGAAAUGGAAACAGUGUGAGGAGAUAUAAAAUAUACAAUGGGAAGGUCUCCUGCUCUGCAUCAGAAGAUUGCACACUCUACACACAGUUCAGCACUGUUCUUGUUUUCAUGUAGUUCUCUGCCUUCAAAAUAUUUCUGAUUGUUGCAUAAAGGGCUUUCUCAGUCCGUUUUUUACAAAAGUAUGGUAUUCCAGUAUGGGGAUUCCGUAACCUAGCUGCCCACUGAUGGACAUUUAGGUGGUUUCCAAUUUUUUCACUCAUUGAUAUGUAUGCAGGUAAAUUUGUAGCUUAUAUUCCAGAAGUAGGAUUGCUGAAAACAAAACAAAAAGAGUAAAUGCAUUUGUAAUUUUGAUAAAUAUUAUCCAAUCUCUCUUCAAAAAUCGGUGCCAAUUUUCUCUCCAAUUAGCAAUACAACAGAGGGUCACAUUUGAGUAACAUUAUGAAAUUACAACUUGGGAAUUUUUGAUGGCCUGAUGGUUGGAAAAAGGUAUCUCAAUGUAGUUUUUUUUUUUGCAAUUUUCUUAAUAUAAAUGACAUUAAACAUCACAUG